AUGGGAGAAACGCUUGGACAAGGCGGAGUUGGCUUAGUUCGUUCAAUCACUAUAAAAUACAGAGAUCACUCACCUCUGGAGUAUGCUGCCAAAUUCCCGAGAGAAGCAAAUGUCAAGAAAAUCGCCGAGAAAGUCUUGAAACUAAAAAACGAAGCUGAAAUCAUGGCUAGAAUUCCGAAGAAUUCACCGGAGAUUGUUGAAUAUAUUGGAAAUUUAGAAUGGGGUCUGGAUCAAACAAAAAGAUUUGUCAUCUUGAUGGAAAAAUGUGAUCAGGAUUUGAAAAAAGUCCUCGAACAAUACAAUUUCGGUUUACCGACAAUAAUCUCAUGGACCUAUUACUUGUUUCGUAUCAUGCAAUCUCUGAUCAAAAACAGAGUUGUGCACGGAGACAUUCAACUUAACAACAUACUCACAAAAAAAGAAGCUUCGGAAAAUCCGAAGCGAAUCCCAGCUUUGAAACUCUGCGAUUUUGAGUUGGCCAAACAAUAUUUACAAGCCAGUCCGGAGAAAUAUCAGAAUGAUUUAAAAAAAGAUUUCAAAAAGCUUCAUCUCAUCCUAAAUCAUAUAGUGGAAAGCUUUCUCGGCCGCGACAUUGCGUCUCUCGCAACAGAAGUUCAGGGUGUUUUCCAGCAAUCGCCAGAUAUAAUCCAAGAAAUUUUCACAAAUUUUUCCUCAAGUGUUGUCAGCGAUGACUUUUCCUGGUUUAUCAAUGGAAUCAACAAUGAUUCAAUUUUGAUAAGCUUACAAGAAGCUUUUGAUAGUCAGCGCAAUAUGGAUGAUUCUUGGGGUCAAAAAGACGACACUGCACAGCUAGACGUCACUGCACAGCUAGACGUCACUGCACAGCUAGCAGCUGAGUGGUUCAAACCAGCACUACCAAACAACGACUCAUACAAAAACCUAGAUUCACAAAAAUGUCGUCAAGCUUUGAUGGCUCUAUUUAUCAAAAAAAGAAUCUCAAAGUAUGAAAAAGAGUACGUGGAAAUGAAAGAAGAUUACGAAAACAAUCAAGAAACACAAGAUCACGUUGAAACUGAAGAAGAAUCUUUUAAGAAUCUCCUACGAGCUGAUUUCAAUUACCAGAUCAAAAUGUUUAAGAAAACAUUCAAAUUAUUAUCAAUGAACUCUUCUGGCGAUCAAGCUUCUGCUUUGGUUGAUGAAUUGAAAAAUCUCGAUGAGAAGUACUUUGCUUUUGACUUUUGGUCUGAGAGUUUUCUUCGAACCAGAAAUGACAAUGAGAUAUGGGUUAAACUCGGUGAUAAAGGGGAGAAUGGCUUCUUCUACAACAAAUCAUCCAAGGAAAUAAAGGGUUUCAAGAAAAGUAACCAAGACCCAACAAAUCAAGAAACUUUGUACGAGGGUUUGCAAGAAAGAGAUGAUGAGUUUGAGGAAAUCACAACAGAGACCCUUAUCGACUUGAUUACAAAAAAACAAUGGGGCGUUCAGUUACCAAAC